CAGCCGCCGCCGCCCGCUCCCGCCCGCCCGCGAGCGCGGCGGGAUGGACGAUCAAUCCAGGAUGCUGCAGACUCUGGCCGGAGUGAAUCUGGCCGGCCACUCGGUCCAGGGGGGGAUGGCCCUGCCGCCUCCCCCUCACGGCCACGAAGGGGCGGACGGCGACGGCAGGAAACAAGACAUCGGCGACAUCCUCCAUCAGAUCAUGACCAUCACGGACCAGAGCUUGGACGAGGCGCAAGCAAAGAAACAUGCUCUGAACUGUCACAGAAUGAAACCCGCGCUCUUCAGCGUAUUGUGUGAAAUCAAAGAGAAAACAGGUCUCAGCAUCAGAGGAGCCCAGGAGGAAGACCCUCCCGAUCCCCAGCUAAUGAGACUGGACAAUAUGCUUUUGGCAGAAGGGGUUUCAGGUCCUGAGAAAGGUGGGGGAUCGGCGGCAGCAGCUGCAGCCGCGGCAGCCUCUGGAGGUUCUUCAGAUAACUCUAUUGAACACUCAGAUUACAGAGCCAAAUUGACCCAGAUCAGACAAAUCUAUCACACAGAACUGGAGAAAUAUGAACAGGCAUGUAAUGAAUUUACUACACAUGUGAUGAACCUUCUUCGAGAACAGAGUAGAACACGUCCCAUUUCCCCAAAAGAGAUUGAAAGGAUGGUGGGCAUCAUUCAUCGAAAAUUUAGUUCCAUUCAAAUGCAGCUCAAACAAAGCACUUGUGAAGCAGUUAUGAUUUUAAGAUCAAGGUUCCUUGAUGCCAGACGGAAAAGGCGUAACUUCAGUAAACAGGCCACUGAAAUCUUGAAUGAAUAUUUUUACUCACACCUCAGCAACCCCUACCCCAGUGAAGAAGCCAAAGAAGAGCUGGCCAAGAAAUGCAGCAUCACCGUAUCACAGGUAUCCAACUGGUUUGGCAACAAACGAAUCAGGUACAAGAAGAAUAUUGGCAAGUUUCAGGAAGAAGCCAACCUCUAUGCUGCAAAGACAGCCGUGACAGCCGCACACGCAGUGGCUGCAGCUGUGCAGAACAACCAGACCAACUCACCCACCACACCAAACUCCGGUUCUUCUGGUUCUUUUAACCUCCCAAAUUCUGGGGACAUGUUCAUGAACAUGCAGAGUCUGAAUGGGGAUUCUUACCAAGGGUCCCAAGUCGGAGCCAAUGUGCAAUCACAGGUGGAUACCCUCCGUCAUGUUAUCAAUCAGACGGGAGGCUACAGUGAUGGCCUUGGAGGAAACUCGCUGUACAGUCCACAUAAUUUAAAUGCUAAUGGAGGUUGGCAGGACGCAACAACUCCAUCUUCGGUGACUUCUCCUACGGAAGGCCCAGGAAGUGUGCACUCGGAUACCUCUAACUAAUCUCUGGCACGCUUUUCCCCCCGAGCUGACAUGCCUUGAUAAGUGCAUUGAGAGCAAUAGGAGGAAAAGGAAAGCGUUUUUGUAGCCCACCAUCUACAGCUUUACUGUAAAACCUUGUCUUAUUAGAGAACUUGGUAAAUCUGUUUUUUAAGGAAUCAUAAUCAUUUGUAUUUAUACUUAAAACACACAAUGUUAAAAAAAAAAAGCACUUUAUCCGAUUAGGCCAAGAUUUAACAUUGUUGACAGCCCUGUAGCUAUUUUAUCAUAAUUUAUUGUCAAUAUUUUGCAUUAAUGGUUUCACAGUUGCCAAUUCCUUGGCCUUAAGGGUAAAAAGUACAAUAUAUGCUAAACCUCAAUUAUUAGAACAGAUGCAAAGAUUCACCUCACCUAAAGUGAACUCCUUGUAUAUUUCCAUGGCAGACUUUGUCUUCUUUUCAUGUCACUGAUGGAGUUAGAAUAAAAGAGCUGUUUGGCUAUCUCUACUUACUUUGGUUGUGUUCAAGAACUUCCCUCAUCACUUUUGUGUUUCGAUCUCUUAUGUUAUAAUUAGAUCAGAGACUGGUAGCCUCUUUUCUCUCUCUGAAAGCGCCAGUGCCAGGAGUCUGCUCGGUAAUGAGAUCACGGAUCCAGGUUGUUCUGAGAGAUGAAGAUCCUUGCUGCUGAUGGAGGUGAAAAGGAGACUUGUCUGGGGUUUUGCAGUGUGUGAUGGUUUCUGCACAGACUUGUCAAGGUUUUCUCCAUCCUCUGGGCAGCCAUGAAAGGCCCUGCUCUCUUGAGUGUUGUAUAUAGUGUAGCAAAAGAGUAUUUAUACAUCCCACCAAUCAAAACACAGCUUUAUUACCUCAUGCGAACUCAUACAAACCAAUAGAAUUUCAACAUGUUCUGUAGCUUAGAAUGCUCACUUACUACCUCUGAACAAUACUCACACUGUAGUUUGUCUCUUUCUUAUCUUUUUGCAUCUUGUAAUUAACUUUGUUUCCCUUCAUAAAAAUGUAAUGUACAUUGUAAUCUUUUAAAAGAAAAAUCAGGUUGCAUUUGCAACUUUUAAGAAGCUGAGAGUGGAAACAUUGGGUCUUAAUCUAACACAGGAACAGUAAAACUGUUGUAAAUACUGAGAAACAUUUUGAAUGUUUUCAUCUUGUUACUAAUUCAUGCAAAAAAAAAAAAGGCAGCGAUUAAUUGUGAUGCAUUCAGAUUCCUUAUUCUGUACUGUAUAUCCCACCCUGUGUGAUGGGGCCCCUCUCCUUUCUUUUUUUGUAUUGUAUGCGAUUCUGAAACUGACUGAGUCAUGAAAAUACUUUGUGGCGGUGAUUCUAAUGUAUUAAAACGUUUCGUGUUCCUUUCUAACUGGAUUACACCCUGGAUUGAAAAAGUCUUCCUUGUGGUAGUUAUAUGUAGUUUAAAAUAUAAAUAAACUUUUUGCUUUCAUGAUUAAACCUCAA